CGCCAUGCAGUUCUCGGUCAGGAGCGCCACGCGACGCCCGUAAUCAGCGAACGCUGAACGCCGCGGGUUGGGGAGGGGAGGAAACAGAGCGAGGUAGAGGAUGCCGCGCGCGAACUAUGCCUUACGCGGGACGCAGAGAGACGCAGCAGCAUCAUCAUCGUCGGCGGCAGCAGCGGCAUUAUCCUCCUCCUCCUCCUCCUCCUCCUCCUCCUCCUCAACAGCAUCCUCAUCCUCAGCAGCAGCGGCGGCGGAGCGCGCGGCUGGUGCCCACCCCCCAACAUCAUCCGUGGCUCGCGUGUUCGCUCCCCCCCUGCAGCAGAAGGAGGAUGCUGGAGUGAGGGAUGAGGCUCGAGACGGGCGCGCCGGGCCAGAGCCGCGGCCUGCUUCAUUUUCACGGAGCUGAGCUCGCCUGCGUUAAAGUUAGUGUCCCUGCAACAUCCGCGUGCCCUUCGCCACCGUCGCACCGGCGUCUUCGGCCAGCAAGGAGAUCCAGGAGCAUGAGCAGGACUUUGUGUGGCAGGAGCAGAUGUCAGGGUACAAACGUAUGCGGCGGCAGCACCAGAAGCAGCUGAUCGCGCUGGAGAACAAGUUGAAGGCCGAGAUGGAUGAGCACAAGCUCCGACUGCAGAAAGAAGUAGAGACCCAGGCCAACAACACUUAUAUUGAACUGGAGAGGCUAGCAAAGAAGCAGACUGCCCAGUUUGAGAAAGAGAUGAGAGCAUUAGCCACAGAGGAGAAGAGAAUCCAGCAACAAAUCUUGGUCCAACAGAAGAAGGAGCUGACCACAUUCUUGGACACACAGAAAAAGCAGUACAGACUUUGCAGGGACAGGAUGAAGGAAGAGAUGAAUGAGGACCUUAGCACACCAAAGGAGGAGAAGCAAGAGAGGCUGUCACGCCACAAAGAGACAAUGCAGCGCUCACAGGCUGAGGAGGAGGCACAGCUGCUCAACCAGCAGAGGCUCAUCUAUGAAAGAAGCUGCCGUGCUCUGAAGAGACGAAGCCUCAUAAAAAAACAUGAGUUUGAACAGGAACAGAUACGGGAGGAGCUGAACAAGAAGAAACUGCAGAAGGAGAUGGAGCAUGCGUUAAUGAUCCGGCAAGAUGAGUCCACACAGGACCUAGAGCGACGGCAGUUGGAGUGUCUUCACAGGCUUCGAAUGGAGCUAGUCCGGUUGCAGCAUCACACUGAACUGGAAAACCAGGAGGAGUAUAACACCCGACGUCAGAGAGAGCUACACAGAAAACAUGCCCUGGAGCGCCGGCAGCAGCCCAGGAACCUCAAGGCAUUGGAGAUGCAGAUCAAAAAGCAAUUCCAGGACACUUGUAAGGUUCAGAAUAAGCAGUACAAAGCUCUGAGGAACCAUCAGCUAGAGAUCUCCCCUAAGAGUGAACACAAAGCCCUGCUAAAGUCUCUGAAGGAAGAGCAAACACGCAAGCUUGCUGUGCUGGCUGAACAGUAUGAGCAGAGCAUUAAUGAUAUGAUGGCCUCACAAGCGCUACGUCUGGAAGCUGAGCAGGAGGCAGAGUGCCAGGCUUUGAAGCACCAGUUGCAGCAGGAGAUGGAGCUCUUGGAUGCCUACCAAAGCAAGUCGAAGGCACAGGCUGAGGCCCAGCAUGAGCAUGACAUGCAGAAGUUGGAGCAAAAAGCAUCCUUGCGCAGGGCUCACCUGGAACAGAAAAUUGAAGAGGAACUGGCUGCACUUCAGAAAGAGCGGACUGAAAAAGUAAAAAAUUUAUUUGAGCGCCAAGAGCGAGAGCUGGAGACCUUUGAUGUGGAAAGUUCACGAUUGGGUUUUGGAAGCUUGGCCACUUUUGACUUUCCAAAGGAAGAUGACAGAUGAUCAAACCAAGGCCAUUUGAUGCAGAUGUCACUGGAUUUGUUGUGCCUGUACUGUUCCUAUCUAUUGGAUUUACCAAGAUCACUUUUACAGUGACCAUUCUGGAUCUGUCUUUUAAAAUCUUAAUUAUUGGCUGGGGAACUAAGGAAAUUGGAACAUAAUCUGCAGCUGACAGAAAUGACUUAAUGGAGCUCAGAAAGCAAAAGAGCUAAAAUUGGAAGAUGGUUCUCCAUGCUGUCAACCCACUUUUGGUAAUAAAAUCAGUAAUUCAGGAUAUUUUAGUACAAGUAAGCACUUUGAUAUGUUUAUGUAUGAGCCCAACAUGUAAAGUGAACAUAUUGUGUGAAAAUGCCUUUGGUAUUAUCAAAGGACAUUGCGACUGUAGAAUGUGUCCUUCAUCUUCACCGUGGCUAUUAGCUGUUUUUGUCUUUGUUCAUUACAACGAAUGUGAAUACUGUUGGAAAAAGCUGUAAGCAAAGGCAGGUUUUGAAACAGUGUCAGAAUUUAAAAUAUAGUGACUAUAUUCAGAGCAUUCAAUUACUUUCAUAUUGUGGUAGAACAUGAUUUUUUCUUUAAAUAAGGGAAAAAGCUAGGCACUAUAAUUUAAAUAUUGUUCAGUAUCAUAAAAUAAUUGGCAUAUUUUUUUAUUACUACAACAAAUCAAUGCAGUCAGAUUCUUUCCUGGUAUUAUUGCAUGCACUUUAAAAGACAAAUUCAGGUUGUGAAGUGAAGCAUGGAUCUGUCAGAGAUUUUGCUGUCUGUAAAUAAAAGUGGUCCAUAGCAGUUUUGUUUCAUGGCUAUUGAUACUGAACAUAAGCUUUAUGUUUAAUAUGAAAGAUUGCCAAAUUGCCAGAUGCCUUUAAGUUAAGUAUGUUAUGAAUGUUUUAGUUUUCUUUCUUUUGCCCAAGUGACAUCAUUGUUUGUUGAAUUGUGACUCAUUCAGUGUGCCGCUAUCAAUGCUCUUGUACAGGAAAAAAAUGGUGCAAUUUGUGUUGUAAAAAUUUUCUAUAAAUAUUUGUAUAUUAUAAUCUAAAUAGGGGUUUACAUGUGUAUUGGUCAGUCAUUUGCCAAAAUAACUAUGGGAAUCAUUCAGUGGUGACAAUGGAAGGUAAACUAUUUUUGUAAGCAAAACAGGGAGAACUACCAGUUUCACUUGUAAUGUGACAAGAUCAGUUAUGGUUCUUUUUUUGGAAGAUUACUGUCUAGUUUGUGAUGAGAAAUAUCAACAAAAAAUGUUAAUCAGCUUUUUAAGAAAUAAGUCAUGCUAAGUAAUUCUUAAGAAGUUGAUUAAGUAGAGUCAUUCCUACUAAGUAAUUCUUAAGAAGUACUGUAGUCAUUUGUAAGCAGAUACUUUAGAAAGUAUUAUGUGGGGCCAAGGCAAUUCAUAUCUUUUUAAAACCUGAAGAUUCAUAUCUUUUAAAAUUUAAAACAAACACUUGUGUCACACUAUGCAUACCUAGCACAUAACAUUGUGGAACUCAAGCUAAGGGAUGCCAUUCAGUUUCAUAUUUUGUGACUGUCAUUAUAGGCCUGUUUUCAAACAAAGCCAU